AUGUAUGUCCACGUCAAGUAUGAAGAUGAAGUGGAAGCUAUCCUGCCGGUUUCCAAAAUUCGGAAUUUCCACCCCACUUCUUUGAACGAUUUCAACCCGUCCCAGAUCGUGUAUGCCUACUGGAGAAACGCGAGUGGCGACGUUGAAGACUAUUAUCCUGCUAAAAUCGCCAUGCUGAAGGAAUCAGUCCAAGAACUGGCAAAAACUCUGACUGCAAUGCACAAGGCGGUGCCCGAAAUAUUUAAGGAUGAGGAAGGAGAUCCAAAACCUCCGUCGCAGCAGGGCCUUUCGCAAGAGCACAAGGCUGCCAACAUAAGAACUGCAAGGAACAGGGGUCUCAAAAGGAUCCUUGAGACGCACAAGGAGAAUAAGAGCUGUGAUGGCAGCUCUGAAUUGGCAGCUUUAAGGAAGGAAAACGAAGUCCUUCAGAAGCAGCUCGCAGAGACUAGGAGCCUGCUGGAGAGGGAACGCGAGCUUUGCCAUCAAAUCAACAUGGCAUUGCUAAAAAAGCUUGCCAUGACUGAAUGCGUAAGGUGUGCUCCGGCCGAUGCUGCUCCAAGGGCUUCAGAGUUUCGGAACCUGAGAGCUGCAUUUCAAGUAGUUGACAACGAUGGACAAGCUGACGUUCCAGACAACCAUGACAGAGGUGACUACACGAUUCGUGCUGAGGCAGCAAACGCUGAUGGCCAUGCAGGGCAUCAUGUGAAUUUUGAUUCACGUGUGUGCAGCAGGCUACUCGCUGAACAGCUAAGUGGAGAUUCUCAGCUGAUGCUGCUCAUUCGGAACUGUUGAUCAUGUCUGCAUAACUUUGGCGAGCCUAGUGUCAGUCAACAUGGACGCCCGGACAGUUGGAUGCCUGCCUUAUCUACGGCUUGGUAUCACCGUGGCAGUGGGUCAUACGCAGUUCAGUUAGUGCAAGUGUUUCAGGAACAUUCACACUUUAAAAAAAUGUGUAAUUAACAUUUACAGGCUAACUAGAGCAGUAGAAGGGCUAGCUGCUUGUCAGCCGUGUUGUACGGGGCGUCUGCCAAAUGCCACCAAAGACAGGGAAAAUUGCGAAUCGCAACUGGCUGUCACACCUAGGACUGGGCGCCACAGUUGCAGACACACUUUUCCCACUGAUGCUCUGGACGGGCAGGAACAACCGAAUGCUUCGAAUAUCAACUUUAAGUUAGAUCUUAAUGGGACAGGAAACAAUAGCUCAUACAGUAUCCAUUACCCAAAUUGUGCUUCACGUGGAGUGAGCACAUUGUGUUCUGAGAUGUCUGGGGUGUUGAAUAAGGUCGCGCUGUGGUGCCCAGUGAAAUUUAUUGAAAUUGUCUGUGAAAACAAGGAAAAUGUAGGGAAUUUAAAAAGUACAGUUUGAUAGACACCUCGUCAUCAUAAUUCACUUGAAAUACUAUCAGCUCCUGGUCCAAAAACUUGCAGUUUGUUUUCUCAUAAAUUUCAAAUUUAAAGUUUACUUUAACCAGAUUAUGUGUGGGACAAGAGCAUUAUGCUUACAGUGUCCAAUAAUUUUGAGAACACCACUUAAAAUCCACCCCUCCAAGCUUGAGGCUGUUUUGCUUGUGUAUGCUGUGUUAGAAUAAUAAACAAAGCACCACCAUUCUUUCAGGUACAGGGGCUGGCCAAUGGAGCCGUACCCAGCAUGGAAUAACCAGAAAUGGCACACACACCUCCUGCCUCCAAUGAAGGUUGUUUCAGAGAAGA